CCCCAAUCUCUGAAAACCAUAUCUUAAACCCUUAAAUCGCUCACCUCUCUCCACGCGCCGCCAUGCAAGCCGCCAUUGUUUCCGCACGCGCCACCGUCUUCCCUUCCCACAAUGCACCCUCCGGGGACCAUCGCCGCCGGAGACCCACCUUCCUCUGCGCCGUCGCCGCCGACCCCUCGCCGCCUCCCACCGCUGCCGGAGACGUCUUGAAGCUCAACAAGUACAGCUCCCGGAUCACGGAGCCGAAAUCGCAAGGUGGGUCGCAGGCAAUUCUCCACGGCGUGGGUUUAUCCGAGGACGAUAUGUCGAAGCCCCAAAUCGGGAUUUCGUCGGUGUGGUACGAAGGGAACACCUGUAAUAUGCAUUUGCUGAAGUUAUCGGAGGCGGUGAAAGAGGGGGUUGAAGGGGCGGGAAUGGUGGGGUUCAGAUUCAACACCAUUGGUGUCAGUGAUGCAAUCUCCAUGGGAACAAGAGGGAUGUGCUUCAGUUUGCAAUCGAGGGAUUUGAUUGCUGAUAGUAUUGAGACCGUGAUGAGUGCCCAAUGGUAUGAUGGGAACAUAUCCAUUCCUGGAUGCGACAAAAAUAUGCCUGGAACAAUUAUGGCUAUGGGAAGGCUUAACCGACCUGGCAUUAUGGUUUAUGGAGGAACCAUCAAGCCCGGUCACUUUCAGGAUAAAACAUAUGACAUUGUAUCUGCUUUUCAGUGUUAUGGAGAGUAUGUUAGUGGAGCUAUAAGUGACGAAGAGAGAAAGAAUGUCCUCCUCCGCUCCUGUCCGGGAGCAGGAGCAUGUGGUGGCAUGUACACUGCUAAUACGAUGGCGUCUGCAAUUGAAGCUAUGGGAAUGUCUCUUCCUUACAGCUCUUCGAUACCUGCUGAGGACCCGUUGAAGUUGGAUGAGUGUCGUUUAGCUGGAAAAUAUUUGCUGGAAUUGCUAAAGAUGGACUUGAAACCGCGUGACAUAAUCACGCCAAAUUCACUUCGUAAUGCCAUGGUCACUGUCAUGGCCCUAGGAGGAUCCACCAAUGCCGUUUUGCAUCUGAUUGCUAUCGCUAGGUCUGUUGGUCUGGAGUUAACCCUCGAUGAUUUCCAGAAGGUCAGCGAUGAAGUUCCAUUUUUAGCUGAUCUCAAACCCAGUGGGAAAUAUGUUAUGGAGGAUAUACAUAAGAUAGGUGGAACUCCUGCUGUUAUUCGCCAUCUAUUAGAGCUAGGCUUUAUGGAUGGGGAUUGUAUCACAGUGACGGGGAAGACGUUGGGCCAAAAUGUAGAAAAUGUCCCACGUUUACCAGAUGAUCAGGAUAUAAUCAGACCUCUGUCAAACCCAAUCAAGAAGACUGGUCACAUCCAAAUCCUGAGAGGAGAUCUUGCACCAGAAGGUUCUGUAGCAAAAAUCACAGGGAAAGAGGGACUGUAUUUCUCUGGUCCGGCACUUGUCUUCGAAGGAGAGGAAUCUAUGAUUGCUGCUAUUACUGAAGACCCUAUGAGCUUUAAGGGUAAAGUGGUUGUAAUAAGGGGAGAGGGACCUAAAGGAGGUCCAGGCAUGCCUGAGAUGUUGACACCAACAAGUGCAAUAAUGGGUGCCGGUCUCGGGAAGGAGGUUGCUCUUCUGACUGACGGUAGGUUCUCAGGAGGAUCACACGGCUUUGUCGUUGGCCACAUUUGCCCUGAAGCACAGGAGGGUGGUCCGAUCGGUCUGAUACAGAAUGGAGACAUCAUCACCAUUGACAUAGGAAAGAGGAGAAUAGACACACAGGUCUCGAAGGAGGAAAUGAACGAUCGUAGAAAGAAGUGGACACCUCCCCAGUAUAAGGUUAACCGUGGAGUCCUAUACAAGUACAUUAAGAACGUGAAAUCAGCUUCAGAGGGAUGUGUGACCGAUGAGUGAAGUGAAGAUGUUGAAGUGAAACGUGGAAUUUCUGUGUAGGGCAUGCAUCUUCUUCUUCUUCAGCAUCUCUGCAACCCUCGUUCGAUUUCUUGCCUAAUUUCAGUUUAUGUAACCAAAACUGGAAUCUGACUCUUUACAAGCACCUCUUUUUCCUUUUCUUUCACGCUGUCACAUUUCUCACUCAUGUUGUCUGAUCACAACAAGAAUCCCUCCUUCUGCUCUUUUACUAAUUA